AUGUCACAGAAUAUUACGACGGACGGUGACGUCCUUUUUGCAUCCGAUGCGAUUAACGGUCGAUAUCAGUUCCACGUCGACAACUUGUCCAGUGCCCACGUCUAUCUUCGGCUCAAGCCUGGCGAUUCCUGGACUUCGAUACCUCAGGCGCUGCUGGAAGAUUGUGCCCAAUUGACCAAGGCCAACUCAAUCGAAGGCAACAAGAAGGACAACGUCACGGUCAUUUACACGCCGUGGGCGAACCUACGAAAAGACGCCUCAAUGGCGACCGGUCAAGUUUCAUUCCACGAUCCGAAAAUGGUCAAAAAGGUCCACGUCGCCGUGCGUCAGAAUCCGAUUGUGAACCGGCUGAACAAGACCCGUGUCGAGAAGUUUCCCGAUCUGCGGGCAGAGAAGGAGGCCGACCAGAGAGAGAAGCGCAAAGUCGAGAGGAUCGCUCGGGAACAGCAAAAGGCCAGAGACCGCGAAGAAAGGAAGAAACGUGAAGAGUUGCGGUGGCAGAAAGAUCACGCUUACGACGAUAUCAUGAGCGAGGAGCACAUGGUCAGCAACCAGGAUCAGGAUGCUCGAUUCUACGAGGAAGAUUUCAUGUAG